AUGCCAACACGUCGCAGAUUGGUAAGCGAAGCCUCGUUGCGAUACAGUGAGUUCGACUUCAACUUUGCGAAGCCACCGGUGGCCCCGGCCCCUCUGGAACUUCGUUUCGCGGUCCAGGUGAAGCCAGGAGCCGCUGGCCAACGGCCCAUGUCGGACAUUCUCGUGCAGUCGGUGUUCUCUCUUCCCGUGGAAAGGGGAUGGCCUCGUGACAAGCUUUCUCCUGCAGAGGUGGCAGAGUCUAUGGCAGGCGUAUUGGCUGACAGACUACCACGAUUUGCAGCCGACUACUGGGAUCUUCGACUAACAGGUGCACCUCUGCAGCUACGCGGAGGAAUAGACCACUGGCCGGCAGCUGGCGAUCAAAAGCCAGCUGAACUGCGCUCCGACUAUUUGCCGGAGCCCUUCCCUCCAAUUGUCUCGCUACGAAGACUUGCAGGCUCUGAGGUAGGAUUUACUUUGAACAGCGUGACGACGUUGACCGUUUCCUGCACGUCACUGGGGGUCCGAAACGUGGAUGCUGAGGAGCGCCUUGACCUGGAGCUCACGACACGCUUGCAAGACUUUCCCGUCGCGGGCUGGGCAUGGGGUUUCGUAGGAUGUGGAGGACGCUGGUGGUUCGAGAAGUACCGUCUUCCCGUUCUUCGCCGGCUGCUGGAGGCAUAUCAUCAGAUGGCGCACGAGCAGAUGAUGCUCUUCUACGUCGCGGCACUUCGAGAUUAG